ACCCUCUUCUUUCACUCCCGUCUCUAUAUAAAACGGUUCGAAUAUUUAUGCCAGUAAUCAGUUGUGAAUUUCGUUUAAGGCAAGCAAAGCAUAAGUUAUUUCUUUGAACUUAGAUAGGUAGAUAGAUUCAUAGUUUCAAAUUGAUAAACCCUAAUUCAGUGAAUGGAGCUGCUCCGAUCAAAUCUCUCCCGGGUUCGGAUUCCAGAGCCUACUAAUCGUAUCUACAAAAAUGAAUGCUGCGUCUCCUUCGAUACUCCGAAGUCGGAAGGUGGAUUGUUUGUCGACAUGAAUUCGUUUCUUGCAUUUGGAAAAGAUUGUGUUGGUUGGAACUAUGAGAAGACUGGUAAUAGUGUUUAUUUGCACAUUAAGCAGAAGGUGAAGUUGGUGCCAGAAGAUAGGCCGUUGAAAAAACCAACGUUGUUGGCUAUAGGUGUUGAAGGAGGAUUUGACAACAACGAACCUGAAUAUGAAGAAAGUCAGAGUGUUGUGGUAUUGCCUGAUUAUGUUACUUUCCCGUUUCCUUCUGUUGAGUUGCCGGAGAAGGUAAGGUUGGCAGUUGAUGCCAUUUUAAUGGCUGAAGGUGCAGAGUGGAAAGAACAGCUUGCUGCAUGGAACCCUGAUAACAAGCAAGUCAGUGCAUUUGCUAUGAAUUUACAACAGGUUGACAAUGGCGUUAUUGUUCCUCCAUCGGGGUGGCAAUGUGCAAAGUGUGACAAAAAAGAGAACCUCUGGCUUAAUCUUACUGAUGGAAUGAUCCUCUGUGGACGGAGAAACUGGGACGGAACUGGUGGCAACAACCAUGCUUUUGAUAACUUCAAGGAGACAGGUUACCCUCUUGCAGUGAAGCUUGGGACAAUAACUGCUGAUCUGGAAGCAGCAGAUGUAUAUUCUUAUCCGGAGGAUGAUAGCGUUCUGGAUCCAAAUUUAGCGCAGCAUCUGGCAUUUUUUGGCAUUGAUUUUUCAUCGUUACAGAAGACUGAAAUGACAACUGCUGAAAGGGAACUUGACCAGAAUAUUAACUUUGAUUGGAACCGAAUUCAAGAAAGUGGACAGGAGCUGGAACCAAUAUUUGGGCCAGGUUAUACGGGACUCCGGAAUCUCGGGAACAGUUGCUACAUGGCAGCAACAAUGCAAGUUGUGUUCUCAACAAGAUCCUUCUAUUCACGGUAUUAUUCAAGCCAUACCUUGAAAGAGGCAUUUAAUAUGGCUCCUGCUGAUCCGACUGUAGACUUAAAUAUGCAAUUGACAAAGCUGGGACAUGGUUUGCUGUCUGGUAAAUAUUCUGUACCAGCAAUGGAGAAAGAUGAUAAUGCAAGUGCUGUAACCUCAAAGAGCUCUAAACAGGAAGGAAUACCCCCUCGCAUGUUCAAGGCAGUUAUUGCUGCCAGCCAUCCCGAGUUUUCUUCUAUGAGGCAACAGGAUGCACUGGAGUUCUUCCUACAUUUUCUUGAUCAAGUUGAACGUGUUAAUGGUGGGAACGCUGCAUUGGAUCCUUCAAGGAGUUUCAAAUUUGGAAUUGAGGAGCGUAUAUUGUGUUCAUCUGGAAUGGUAGCUUAUAAUAAAAGGCUUGACUAUAUUCUUUCACUGAAUAUUCCAUUACAUGAAGCUACCAAUAAAGAAGAACUCGCAUCCUUCCAUAAGUUGAAAGCAAAAGCGGUUUCAGAGGGGAAAGAUAUCUCCAGUGAAGAAAUUGUACGGCCAAGGGUACCUCUAGAGGCAUGUCUAGCUAACUUUUCAGCUCCGGAGGAGAUUCAGGACUUCUACAGCACUGCUUUGAAUGCCAAAACAACAUCACAAAAGACUGCCGGCUUCACUUCAUUCCCUGAUUGUUUGGUAUUGCACAUGAGGAAAUUUGUUAUGGAGGAAGGCUGGGUGCCAAAAAAACUUGAUGUAUAUGUAGACGUUCCUGAUAUCAUAGAUAUCAGUCACAUGCGAAGCAGGGGCCUUCAACCAGGGGAGCAAUUGUUGCCAGAGGGAGUUUCUGGGGGUGAGGUGGAAGCAAAUAAGAUUGUGGCAAAUGAGGAUAUCGUCUCUCAGCUUGUCUCGAUGGGGUUCAAUCAUCUUCAUUGUCAGAAAGCUGCUAUAAAUACCUUCAACUCAGGAGUAGAGGAGGCAAUGAAUUGGUUACUUUCCCACAUGGACGAUCCAGAUAUAGAUGCUCCUAUUUCUCAAGAGGCACGAGAUGCUGAAGUUGUUGACCAAGCUCAAAUUGAUACUUUGAUCUCAUUUGGUUUUCAAGAAGAACUUGCUCGAAAAGCACUUAAGGCAUCGGGUGGGGACAUUGAGAAAGCAACCGACUGGAUAUUUAAUAACCCCGAUGCUGCUGCUUCUGCUUCAUCUGAUAUGGAUGCCACCACUACAAGCACCACUUCUGCCUCAAAUGACAACACUGGACUGCCUGAUGGAGGAGGAAGAUAUAGGCUAAUUGGGAUAGUGAGCCAUAUGGGAACGUCGACACAGUGUGGGCAUUACGUUGCUCAUAUCCUGAAAGAUGGGCGGUGGGUUAUUUUCAACGAUGACAAGGUUGGGGUUUCUGUAAAUCCACCAAAGGACAUGGGAUAUUUAUACUUUUUUGAGAGGCUUACCAAUUAGAAUUCUGAAUUUUCAUUUUUACAUAGCAAAGACACAUCAGUAGCACAUUUCUUUUGAGCUUUUAUAGCAACUCAAAAUCUGAUCGAUAUUCACAAAUUUUGCUUGACCAGUCGGUUACUAUCAGAUUUUCAUUUUGUUAAACUGAAUUGGGGAAAAAGAAUGAAAAGUAAAACUUGGACAUGAGUGCCUUGUUUUCUUUAUAAA